GCAAACUUUCAACCACUUUCAUCAUAAAGUCUACACGCAGAGAUCCUUGACUCACCCCUUCCCCACGAAAACAUGGAUACCGGGGCAGAGAGCGCACCUAUUUCCUCAUGGAGAGAAUGUUUUAUAUUAAAGAGAAUCCGCAUGCUGGUUCCUGUUGGUUACAAGAGCGAAAUAAAAGAGCUGUCAAAACUUUCAGUACCAGUGAUGAUAUCCCAGCUCAUGAAUUUUUCUUUGAGCCUUGUAAGUACAAUAUUUUGUGGCCAUCUGGGGAAGACAGAGCUGGCAGGAGUGUCUCUGGCCAUUGCAGUUAUUAAUGUUACAGGUAUAUCUAUUGGUAGUGGUUUGGCAUCAGCAUGUGAUACUCUGGUUUCUCAGACCUUUGGAAGCCAUAACCUGCUGAAAAUUGGAGUUAUUCUGCAGAGGGCCAUCCUCAUUUUGCUCCUGGCUUGCUUCCCCUGCUGGGCCAUCCUUAUUAACACAGAGCCGAUUCUGCUGGCUGUCAGACAAGAACCAGAGGUGGCAAGGUUGUGUCAGAUGUAUGUGAAGAUCUUUAUGCCUGCACUUCCUGCUGCAUUCAUGUACUCAUUAGAAACAAGAUAUCUCCAAAACCAGGGCAUUAUAUGGCCACAGGUCAUCACAGGCUUUGUUGUCAAUCUUCUAAAUGCACUCAUCAACUACAUCGUCCUCUUCCCGUUAAAACUUGGAGUUGCAGGUUCUGCAAUAGCCAACGCCAUUUCCGAGUUCUUAAUGGUUGGAAUCCUCUUUGCUUAUAUCAUAUGGAAAGGACUUCAUAAGGCCACUUGGGGAGGUUGGUCUCGAGAGUGCCUCCAGGACUGGGGCUCAUACAUCCGCCUGGCUGUCCCUGGCAUGGUCAUGCUAUGUGUUGAAUGGUGGACCUAUGAGAUUGGAGGCUUUCUAGCAGGUCUCAUAAAUGAAGUGGAACUCGGAGCUCAGUCAGUUGUGUAUCAACUGGCAAAUAUUGCAUACAUGUUCCCUUUGGGUUUCAGCAUAGCGGGCAGUGUAAGAGUUGGAAAUGCUUUGGGAGGUGGAGAAAUGGAGCAGGCCAAGCUGUCUGCUAAGAUGUCAAUGUUCUGUGCAGUGUCAGUGUCUAUAUGUUUGUCAAGUCUCAUCGGGAGCCUAAAGGACCACAUCUCUUACAUUUUUACAUAUGAUGAACAAAUCAGGCAAAGGGUUUCAGAUGUCCUAUCUUUUUAUGCACCUUUCAUUCUACUCGAUGCAACAUCUGCUGCCGUGGGUGGCAUAAUAAGAGGAGCGGGUAAACAGAGAGUUGGAGCUAUUUGCAACAUUUUGGGAUAUUAUGGUGUUGGCUUUCCAAUUGGAGUGUCACUGAUGUUUGCAGCCAAAUUAGGAAUCAAGGGUCUGUGGACGGGCUUGUUAAUCUGUGUGUUCCUGCAAUGCUCAUUCCUGAUUUUCUAUCUAAUAAGAAUGAACUGGAAAAAUGUCACAGUUGAGGCUCAGAUCAGAGCAGGAGUGCAUGUAAGCUCCACAGACACAGGUACCCAGCUAGAAGACCCUGGUAACUCAGUGGGUCAAGCAGACACUAUUGAUCUGAUGGAUGUUGAGGUGGAACCUACAGUGAGGACAGCUGAAGGAGAGCUCUCUUUCAGGACUCUGGUUCUGCGUAGGGGCUUGGCUCUAGCUUUCAUGUUGUUCAUCUUGGCUGUUGGUAUUAUUUUGAACCUACUUAUCACCAACUUGGCUACCUGAACACGAGUAAUGUCUGUCUCGUUCAGUGAAAUAACUCCAGAGUCUCCAGUGCUGCUUUUCUGGGAGGUCUCAGCACUAUGCAAGCAUUUGCAUUGCAAAGCAGGCAGUAACAGAUGGCACAAGCAGGCACAAAGGCAGACGAGCAGGAAAUGAAUGAAUGGUCUCUUGAUUAAUCAACGAACGAGCAUUAUAUUACUCUUAAACAUGAUGAGUAUUUGGCAAAUUUGCUGUGUUCAGUUUACAACACCUUGCAGAAACAAACAAGUCAAACUAAAACCUCAGAUUCUCUGUUCUUCUGACAUUAAACAGAAUCAUUGCAGUUC